AACAUUCUCAAUGAAUGCUUCAAAUAUAUUAUUGUGUCAAAAUCCCAAAAUGUCCUCCCAAAAUCUAAAAUCAUCCAUUUAAAAGGUGCAAUUGAACCAGAGAGCGUCGCUUUCGAUGCAAAAGGCCAAGGCCCAUACAUAGGAGUUGCCGAUGGACGAAUUCUCAAAUGGCAUGGAUCAUAGUGGGCUAAUUUUGCAGUCACUUCUUCUCAUAGGAAGAAUUGCACUCGGCCUUCUGCACCUGAAAUGGAACAUGUAUGUGGGAGGCCAUUAGGCUUACGUUUCAAUAUGAAAACAGGUGACCUAUAUAUUGCUGAUGCCUAUUUAGGACUCCAAGUUGUUGGACCGAAAGGAGGAUUAGCUACGCCAUUAGUCCAAAAAUUCGAAGGUAAGCCUCUACUCUUCACAAAUGAUGUUGACGUUGAUGAUCAUGACGAUGUGAUUUACUUCACGGAUACUAGCACAAAGUACCAACGCAGGCAAUUUCUCGCCUCUUUUUCAAGUGGAGAUGCGACUGGCAGGCUAAUGAAAUAUGUUAAAUCAACGAAAAAAAUAACAGUUGUAUUAGGAGGCCUUGCUUUUGCAAAUGGUGUUACUUUGAGUAAAAACUGGACCUUUGUAUUCGUAGCUGAAACUACUAAUUUUAGAAUUUUAAGGUAUUGGCUUAAAGGCCCCCUUGCAGGAACACAUGAUACAUUUGCUGAGUUGCCAGGAUUUCCUGACAACAUCAGAAUAAAUUCGAACGGGGAACUUUGGGUUGCUCUGCAAGCAAUAAGUUCAGUAUUGAGUAUUUGAUAUUCAGAAUCAGGAAAGCUCCCGUUCACCACGCAGCAAAUGGACGAAGGGAAUCUGCACCCUACGGCAAUGAAGCUAAGUGAGGACGGGCGAGUUUUGGAGGUUUUAGAAGAUGUUGAAGGCAAGAAGUUGAGGUCUAUUAGUCAAGUUGAGGAAAAAUAUGGCAAGUUGUGGUUAGGUUCUGUUGUGAUGCCCUUCUUGAGAGUCUAUGGAUUAUGAAUAUAUCAAUUAUCCAGUCAAGUAAUGUCAA